UUUGUGACACAAUCUAUGCUCUUGCCCAAGUAGUGAACUAUUUACAAAUGAAACUUGGCACAUAUGCAUUCUACCCAAACAGCUCAAAGAAGAGAGAGGACUGUUUGAUUGGCAUAUUUCAUUCAAUGAUUAAGGAGAAAUAUAAACAACGCAUUUUUGAAUCUUUAAAAGGAAGUGGUACAAAACGAGUUGUGGUUGCUACAUCAGCUUUGAGUAUGGGCGUAAAUUUUCCUGACGUAAAAUAUGUGGUGAUGUAUGGUCCACCAAGGAAUCUUUUAGAUUUUCACCAGCAAGCAGGGCGAGCCGGGCGAGAUGGAGCAUUAGCUCAUACUGUACUGUUCUAUUAUGGCCAGCAAGUUGCACAUGUUGAGAAUGAGAUGAGAGAAUUUCUACAAUCAUCUGAUUGUUUUCGCGUAGCAAGCUACAGUAAAUUUGAUAAGACCAUAACUCCUUUAUCACCACAUCACAUUUGCUGCAAUACUUGUUCUAAGAAUUGUGAAUGUGGGUCAUUGGAGUGUAAAGUGGUUCAAAUUCCCCAUGAACAACAAACAAUAACUGGUGAUGCAAUGUUACAUGUAUCUCCACUUCGCCGGUCCGUAAAUGAAGAAGAUAGAUCUCUACUGAAAGAUGCACUUGAAGCUCACCAGACACAGUUUUCUAUAGGUGGAAAUAUAACUGCUUUUGGCCUGUUAUCAUGCUAUGGCUUCUCCAAAGAAGCUAUUUCAGAUGUGCUGGACAAUUGCCACAAGUUGUUCACUAUUAAGGACAUUUUAUAUUGUGUCCCUGUAUUCUCUACAGUCCAUGCUAAAGAAGUCCUUAGUGUAAUUAAUGAGGUGUUUGAUGACAUUGAUGAAAGCACAUUUCAAAGUACUGAUGAUGAUGGUGGCACUACUGAUUUCAAACAAUUUUCACUCGAUGAUCUGCUGCAAAGUGAAUUCAAUGAAACUGCCUUGGCUGAAGAUUUGAAUGAGUAUGACUUUAUUUAAUUGUCUAAGUAUAAUUUCUGACUGAUUGUGCACCUAUUUACAUUGGAAAUUUGAGUACAUAUAAAUACAUAG